AUGGAUUUUAUUGAUCGUUCCAACACCGCUCUCCAGGUGCUAUGGGAUUACGUUCGGCAUCACCACACAGCCACAGUGAGGUCUCCAGCCUUCCCUGCUCUUCUGGCUUUCUCUGGCUACCUUCUCUUCUGCACCCCCUUUGCUCUCAUGGAUCUCAUUGGAGAGUGGUUGCCUCUGUUCUUCAAAUACAAGAUUCAGAAGAACCGGCCCAGUUUGCAGAUGAUGGGCCAAUGCCUCCACCAGGCAGUCUUCAACCAUCUGCUCUACGUUCUUCCUGCAGUUACCAUCAAUUGGUUUUGGCACCCACCUGCCCCUCUGCCAGUGAGGGCUCCAACGUGCGCCCAAUUCCUGACUGGCGUGCUGAGCUGUCUGCUGGUGUUUGACUUCCAGUACUACUGCUGGCACCUGCUCCACCAUAAAAGUCGCUGGUUGUACAAGAAUGUCCAUGCUAUCCACCACGAAUAUAUGGCACCUUUCUCGUGGGCAACCCAGUAUCUUGGGGGUUGGGAGCUGCUGACUGUUGGGUUUUGGAGCAGCACCACUCCGCUGCUGUUCAAGUGUCACCCGUUAACUGCGUGGGCCUUCAUGUUGCUGAGUGUCUGGAUGUCUGUGGAAGACCACACUGGAUACAACCUGCCCUGGAGCCUCCAUAAUGUCAUGCCUUUGGGACUGUGUGGAGGAGCCCCAGCUCACGACCUGCACCAUCAGAAUCCAAACACCAACUUUGCCCCUUUCUUUACUCACCUGGACUGGGUGUUUGGGACUGCCAACAAAGAUUAA